CUCUUCUGUCCCGUCUGCGCUGUCCUGUGCCCCCCCGGACCUCUCCACUGCGCUGGAUUCAUGCUCCGCUCUCGCCUUCCUCGGUCGCCAUGCAGAACAACCACAGCAAGGAGCAUCUCUACAAGAUCCUCGUGAUCGGGGACCUCGGGGUCGGUAAGACCAGCAUCAUCAAGCGGUAUGUCCACCACAACUUCAGCCCCAACUACCGAGCCACCAUCGGGGUGGACUUCGCCCUGAAAGUCCUCAACUGGGACCAGGAGACGGUGCGCCUUCAGCUGUGGGACAUCGCAGGUCAGGAGAGGUUUGGCAACAUGACGCGCGUGUACUACCGCGAGGCCAUGGGCGCCUUCAUUGUGUUUGACGUCACAAGGCCCGCCUCCUUUGAGGCCAUCACCAAAUGGAAGGAGGACUUGGAUUCCAAACUGACACUUGCCAACGGGAAACAUGUAGCCACUGUGCUUUUGGCCAAUAAAUGCGACCAGGGCCGGGACGUGCUGACCAAUAACGGAAUAAAGAUGGACCAGUUCUGCCAGGAGAACGGCUUCGUGGGAUGGUACGAGACGUCCGCUAAGGAAAACAUCAACAUCGAUGAAGCGGCUAACUGCUUGGUGAAGCACAUCAUUGCCAGUGAGAACGACAUGCUCCAAUCAGAAGUGCCGGACACCAUCACCCCCCAGCUGGAGAAGGACAAAGGCGGGACAUGCUCCUCCUGCUUCAGGUCCCAGUAACGGCCCUCGUCAGCCGGAUGUCCUUUUAUAUCAGUUUGUCUGUGUGCAGGAGACUGAGAGAGAACCACUUUGGCGUUUUUUUUUUUUAGGAAGCAUUUACUGGUGCAAACUCUUCCCCUGUCAGGUAGCCAGUAUUCGGGGUUGUGGGGAGGAGGGAUGGGGGGGCUUAGAGGAUGACUGACAGGCAGCUGGCUCAAGAAAGGCAGAAAGAGAGAAUUAGAGAUGAAUGCAGCUGCGUGCGCUUGUCAAAGGCAAGGUUGCCCUCUGGACCAUUGCCACUUCGGUUACCAUGGAGACUAAAUUAAUGAACACAUGCACAAAAAGAAAAUCACGGUGUAUCUUUACAAGGGUACAACAUGCCUAUUUGACAUCUCUCCCUGCUUUUCUCUUCCCAUUCUGUCAGAGUUUGUCCUGUUUCUUUCUUCUCAUCCCUCUCUGACAGCGUUUGUUCUUAGUUUUUCAUUCAUUUUCAGUCAUUCGGGUUGAACAAACAGGUGGAGAGCACAUGUACUGAAAGCAAUUCAAUCUCAGUCCCGAUAACACUACAGCUACUAUUAUUCGCUAUUGUUUUGUCAGAUUUUUUCAUGGUAAUGUCCUUCCUCGUCUUACCUCGUCUGCCAGCUCAAUAAUGGCCAACAGAUUAUAUUGAUAAUUAAAGUGCCUUUUCUAAACCAUUUUAUUUACUGUCCUCAAUAGAUGUAUUCACCACAUAUUGUAUUUAUAAGUGCACUUGAAGGUUUUUAGAAUGACCUUACUUUUCAUCCCAAAAGUAGGCUUCUACUCAUUUCCAUGGUAACGCAUUUAAAAUACCAUGACAAACCAUUUAUGUUUCAAGGAAUUACUCCCCAAUGCAACACUAACGUGUAUUGUUCCAUUAAAUGGUUGUAUAUUAAACCUGAAUUCUGAAUAUUUGUAACAUUUGUAAUAAUGGAUUAAAUGCAUUUCUAUAUGAAUGUAUACAAACAUGUACAUAUUAUAUAAAAAUAUAACCAGCAUCCAGUCGUCAACAUGAAUAAACCAUAGCUUUACUAUCCUAUAUCUGAAUGUGAUUUUAUGUUAGUAACUGCACCCUAAGGUGUUUUCAAUCACGGGGGGGCUGAUUAGACCCACUAUGGUAAAGUGUGUGAGCAGUCCGGCCCCGACGCGUCCCGAUGAGAGCUCCAAUCAGGCAUCUGAAGGGAGACAUUUUAGCAUCAGUGUCCUUUUAAUGAAGUUGGGUGACUUAACAAACAUACACACACACAAAAGUAUUUACGUUGUUUUAAAGAAAGGUCCCUCCACUUUCCUUUUUUGGAGCAAUGAAAAUCCUCACAUCUCUGGGCAGUCAGUGUGUCUUGGAGUUGUGACCGGACCACAAUUGAUUAUCCCCCUUUGUUAAUUUUUUGCUUGAGCUGUUACAAAGAAUAAACAUGCCACAAAAUGUU